UCUCUGUUUUUGCCCACAAGACUUAUCUCUUCCAUGAAAAAUCGAAACUUUAUCUAGAAAAUGACUCCAUUCUCCUCUGAACUCGUUGGUUUCACUAUCCCUUUCUACUCCAAAACUCAGAAACACUAUUCAAAUUCUUCUCACGGACUACUACUAUCUCACAAUCGAAGCCUCUUAACCUUCUCAAACUCUAACCCUAACCACGACAAUGGUAAAUCCUUUUCAUCUUCUGGAGCAAGAAACCUUCAAGCCACCACAACUGACGCAGCAAUUCCCACAGAACGAAGACAACAACAAAACCAUUCACAAUCUCUCGGAUUUAGAGAUACCCAGAUGCUUAAAGUCUUCCAUCGAUCAUGCCGUUCAGGGAAUUACAUCGAGUCUCUACACUUACUCGAGACCAUGGUACGUAAAGGUUACAAUCCCGAUGUGAUUCUCUGCACUAAGCUCAUUAAAGGGUUCUUCACUCUAAGAAACAUCCCAAAAGCUGUUAGGGUUAUGGAGAUUCUCGAGAAAUUCGGACAGCCUGAUGUUUUAGAUCAGUUGUUAAGUGAUAAUUGCCAACCGACUGUGAUUACUUACACGAUUUUGAUCGAAGCUACGAUGCUUGAAGGCGGAGUUGAUGAAGCAUUGAAGCUUUUGGAUGAGAUGUUGUCUAGAGGGUUAAAACCGGAUAUGUUUACUUAUAACACAAUCAUUAGAGGAAUGUGUAAAGAAGGGAUGGUGGAUCGCGCGUUUGAGAUGAUUCGGAAUUUAGAAUUGAGAGGUUGUGAGCCUGAUGUGAUCUCUUAUAACAUCUUGCUUCGUGCUCUUUUGAAUCAAGGGAAAUGGGAAGAAGGAGAGAAGCUAAUGACUAAGAUGUUUUCGGAGAAGUGUGAUCCUAAUGUUGUGACUUAUAGCAUUUUGAUUACUACUCUAUGUCGCGAUGGAAAGAUUGAAGAAGCGAUGAAUCUGCUUAAGCUUAUGAAGGAAAAAGGGUUAACGCCUGAUGCUUAUAGCUAUGAUCCUUUGAUAGCUGCGUUUUGUAGAGAAGGUAGGUUAGAUGUAGCUAUUGAGUUCUUGGAAACCAUGAUCUCGGACGGAUGUUUACCGGACAUAGUUAACUACAACACGGUUUUAGCUACGUUGUGCAAGAACGGGAAAGCGGAUCAAGCGUUGGAGAUUUUCGGGAAACUAGGAGAAGUGGGCUGCUCACCGAACUCGAGUUCUUACAACACGAUGUUCAGUGCCUUAUGGAGCAGCGGGGAUAAAAUCAGGGCGUUACAUAUGAUAUUAGAGAUGGUGAGUAACGGGAUAGAUCCAGAUGAGAUCACAUAUAACUCGAUGAUAUCGUGUCUAUGCAGAGAAGGAAUGGUGGAUGAAGCUUUUGAGUUAUUGGUUGACAUGAGGAGCUGUGAGUUUCAUCCAUCGGUUGUUACAUACAACAUUGUUCUUUUAGGAUUCUGCAAAGCUCAUAGGAUCGAGGACGCUAUCGAUGUUUUGGAUUCAAUGGUGGGAAAUGGAUGUAGGCCUAAUGAAACUACUUAUACUGUGCUCAUUGAAGGCAUUGGAUUUGCUGGAUAUAGAGCAGAAGCAAUGGAGUUAGCAAAUGAUUUGGUUCGAAUCAAUGCCAUUUCUGAGUACUCGUUCAAGAGAUUGCAUAGGACUUUCCCUUUACUUAAUGUUUUACAGAGAUCUUCUCAGACAAUUGUGUUGGCAAUGGAAGUGUUGAAGGGAGGGUGGAUUUCCCCAAUAGCAUCCAUCACCUUCACCGAUGGAGUUGCUAUGAAAUUCACGAGUCCCUUUCUGGCGAUCUCUGAGGGAUUCUCAGGGAUAUCAGAGAAAGAAAUUUAAUGUGGGAGCAAGACAACAACAUGGGAUCCUGUUCAAUCACUUCAGCUGAAUCAUCAAUCUCUUGUCUUGCUCGAGAAUUGCAAUUCCAGGAAUCAAUUCAAGCAGGUUUUGGCACAGAUCAUGCGUUUCAAUCUCAUCGGCGUUACGUUUCCCAUGAGCCGUCUUAUCUUCUUCUCGGCGAUCACAUACCCAGAGAAUCUCGACUUGGCGAAGCUUCUGUUUCUUAAUUUCACUCCAAACCCGAAUGUUUUUGUUUACAACACAAUGAUCUCUGCUGUUUCGAGCUCGAAAAAUGAAUGCUUUGGUCUGUAUAGUUCUAUGAUUAGGCACCGUGUUUCUCCGGACAGGCAAACGUUUCUCCAUCUCAUGAAAGCUUCGAGUUUUCUGUCGGAAGUGAAGCAGAUCCAUUGCCAUAUCAUUGUUUCUGGAUGUUUGUCUCUUGGGAAUUACCUCUGGAAUUCUCUGGUUAAGUUUUACAUGGAGUUGGGAAGUUUGGGUUUUGCAGAGAAGGUGUUUGCUAUAAUGCCUCAACCAGAUGUCAGCUCUUUUAACAUUAUGAUUGUUGGUUAUGCGAAGCAGGGUUUUGGUUUAGAGGCACGGGAACUGUAUUAUAAGAUGGUUAGUGAUGGUAUUGAACCUGAUGAGUACACUGUUCUGGGUCUUCUACUUUCUUGUGGUCAUUUAUUGGAUAUUAGGCUUGGGAAAGGAGUUCAUGGUUGGAUUGAGAGGAGAGGCUAUGCUUAUUCAUCUAAUUUGAUUCUGAGCAAUGCUCUUUUGGGCAUGUAUUUCAAAUGCAAAGAAUCCGGUCUUGCUAAAAGAGCUUUUGAUGCGAUGAAGAAGAAAGACAUGCGCUCUUGGAACACCAUGGUUGUUGGGUUUGUUAGGCUUGGGGACAUGGAAGCUGCUCAGGCUGUUUUUGAUCAGAUGCCCCAAAGGGAUCUCGUUUCUUGGAAUUCUCUGCUCUUUGGUUACUCAAAGAAGGGAUGUGACCAAAGAGCCGUUAGAGAAUUGUUCUGUGAAUUGCUGAUCGUGGAGAAGGUCAAGCCAGACCGCGCCACUAUGGUUAGUUUGAUAAGUGGUGCAGCAAACAACGGAGAACUGAGCCAUGGAAGAUGGGUGCACGGAUUAGUGAUCCGUCUGCAACUGGAAGGUGAUGCCUUUCUGAGUUCGGCUCUGAUAGAUAUGUACUGCAAAUGUGGUCUCAUUGAGCGGGCUUUCAUGGUUUUCAAGACAGCUACUGAGAAGGAUGUCCCGCUAUGGACAUCAAUGAUAACUGGGUUGGCCUUCCAUGGAAAUGGCCAGCAAGCUCUGCAGCUAUUCGAAAGAAUGCAAGAAGAAGGCGUGACGCCAAACAAAGUCACUCUGCUCGCUGCCCUGACAGCUUGCAGUCAUAGCGGACUCGUGGAGGAAGGGCUACACGUUUUCAACCACAUGAAGGAGAAAUUCGGCUUUGACCCUGAAACUGAGCAUUAUGGAAGCCUUGUGGAUCUUUUGUGUAGGGCAGGGCGAGUAGAGGAAGCGAAAGACAUAGUGCAAAAUAAGAUGCCAAUGAGACCGAGUCAGUCAAUGUGGGGAUCGAUCUUAAGCGCUUGUCGGGAAGGUGAAGACAUUGAAACCGCAGAGUUGGCUUUAUCAGAAUUGCUUAAGUUGGAACCUGAAAAAGAAGGCGGAUAUGUUUUGUUGUCUAAUAUAUAUGCAACCGUUGGAAGAUGGGGAUAUUCAGACAAGACGAGAGAAGCAAUGGAGAGUCGCGGAGUAAAGAAGACUGCAGGAUAUAGUAGUGUAGUUGGAGUAGAGGGAGUUCAUAGCUUUGUGGCUGCAGAGAAGCAGAACCAUCCAAGAUGGACGGAGAUAAAAAGAAUAUUGCAGCAUCUGCAUGAUGAAAUGAAGUCAAAAGCUGGAUCUUUUGGACUUGUUAGGAACAUAGAUCAAUUAGCCAUCUAAGCAUUUGAGAGAGUAUGCAUCACCGAGGAGAUUUCUCGACACAAAGUAAAGCAUGAUUUCGUUG